UUCUAUAACCGGAAGUUUGUAUUUUUUUUUUAAUAUACGCUAGUAGUUCAUUUCUAGCUUGUUUUUUUUAAAAAAAUAUAUGUAUAUAUUUGAAUGGAUCUGUAGUCAUGUCGAGUGAUAAUAUCAUCGGACCUGCUUUACCACCGGGGUUACGAGCGAGUAGAAGCGACGAGUCAGAUGAAGACGACACGGUCAUAGGUCCGGCUCUUCCACCGCUUUAUAAACGCACAGAGUCGUCCAGUUCAUCUAGUGACCAGGAACAGGUCGUGUUCAAGAGAGCCAAAUACUCAGGAUCAGGAGACAGGACGGGAGAAGCAGCUGGGAGCUGUGGUGGUGAGGAUGAGGAUGGGUUUUUUGGUCCAGCUCUGCCUCCAGGAUACCAGAAGCAAGACAGUUCUCCUGAAAGACUGCCGUUGCUUGGACCCGCGCUGCCUCCAGGCUUUAAAAGGCAGCAGCAUGAGGAUGAGGAUGAGGAAGAUGGUGAAGGAAGAGGGAUUCUAGGACCGGCGCUUCCUCCAGGAUACAAACCGGAGUCUUCCAGCAGCGAGGAAGAGGACGGGGACAUGUUCGGGCCCAUGCCAUGCAAAGGGGAAGUUCAGAGCUCAGUGGCACUGGAUUUUGAACGAAGAGCGAACAGGAUGAAGGACAGAUUACUGGGUCGAGAGGAUGAACCUGAGAAGCCUCAGAGGGAGAGCUGGAUGAUGGAGCUGCCUCCUGAGCUGCAGCACGUCGGACUGGAGGCACGGACCUUUAAGAAGAGAUCGGGACCCGAGAAUAAAGACCGCUCCAUCUGGACCGACACGCCCGCCGACCGGGAGCGCAAAGCUAGGGAACGACAAGAGGCGAAAGAGAGAGGAGUGACGUCCAAAGACGACGGUCCUCGUCUCUCCAAGAAAGACCUGGACAUGGCAGAAAAGGUGUCCAAGUAUAACGAGUCCAAGCGAGGCGAGUCUCUCCUGAGCAUGCACACCAAGAAGAUAAAGAGUAAAGCCGAGGAGGACUCCAAGAAGCCGGUGGAAAGGAGGCCCUUCGACCGAGACAACGACCUGCAGGUCAACCGCUUCGACGAGGCGCAGAAGAAAGCCCUGCUGAAGAAGAGUCAAGAGCUCAACACUCGCUUCUCACACAGCAAAGAUCGAAUGUUCCUCUGAGAACAAAAUAUCAGCCAAGCGUCCAGCUAAUCGCUUUACUCAAAGACUCCAUGAAUGGUGCGGAUCUUUUUUUUUUUUUUUUACCCUAUAAUAUCACAUGAAAUGCUACAGAUACAAAAAUUCUACACACUGCCAAAAGAUGGAUCAUGCCGGAGACUUCUGUUAAGAUUUCUGGCCCGGAAGAUUAGCUCCGCCCCCCUAAUCCUUUUCCUAGAAAGAAGGCAACACAUGGAAUACAUUGUUGGAACAGAGUAUAGGGUUAGAAAAAGAUGCAAAGGGCUUGUUCAGUGUCUUCAUUUGAAUCGCAGUUUUGUGGGCUGUAAAAGUUACAGAAGGCUCCUUUAAGGACAAGUAGUGGAAAUUUGAGCACAACUCUUGAGUAUGUUUGAGCAAAUCAACCAAAAAUGAUGAUAACUGAACCAUAAGUUGUGUAAGCUUGUCUGACUGGUGUCGAGGGAUAUAUAUAUAUCCUGUCUAUCAUCAUUCUGUACAUCAGCAGGGUUUAAAACAUUGAAAAAUAAUCUCUGAUAUUGUACAGGAAUCUUUACUCUGGUUGUUUUUGUUUUUUUUCUACAAGUGAAUGUGAUGUCAAAUAUAUAUUUGUGUGUGUGUUUUUUCCUGUGCUAUAUUUUUGAUUAAACAUUUCACAGAUUA